CAAAACGAUAAGCAAACAACAUGGAAAAUGUGGAGCCGCAUAAUGAAACCAACGACAUCCUGCAGCAAAUAACCAGCCUGAGUGUAGCGGAAAAUGAGGCAGAAAUUACAGCGCUGCUGAAACGCGUGCGUUUGUUGCUUACCCAAAGCAGCGAGAGCCAGAAGACUUUGGCCAACAAUGCAGCAUUUGCUCAGUUUGUGCAGAAUGUCGUUUUUAAUCCCAUAAUGAGAACAGAGAUGCCAACGCUACACAAUGUGACGCUACAGGUGCUAGCGAACAGCGUGGUAAACAAUAAAAGCACACAGGAAGCGACUUGGCAAACACAUGGCCUCCAGAUUGCGGAACAAGCAUAUAAGAUGCCACUAGGUAGCUCUAAUAAUAUACUGCUGAUGAUGAUGUACAACAUCUAUUUGGGACUGGGCGCACAAGUGGUCAGUGAUCAGGUGGUGUUCCAAACUUGUGUACGUCUCUGGCAAGCAAUAAUCGAGACGAAAUCCAAUUAUAAUUUUGAAUACCUGCACUUUUUGUUGGAACACUACAUUGUCAAGGACGGAAGAAGGUGUGUGCAGUGUUAUCAGCGUCUGGCGAGUGUGGAGGAGCGUAUAGCAUUUCUUGAAUAUGUCAGCAACUAUCUGCGAGAGAACAGUCCCAAUGGUCUACUCAGCACAAUGUUGUUGCAAUACAUUGCCAAGGAAUUCAAGAUGAAAUCAGAUUGCAUAUUGCGUGAAACCAUGAAACUGCGCCACGAAUUGCAUCCCCGUGAAGUGCACACCUUGCUGCGGAUUAUAGCUAGUGCCAGCGGUGGUGAAAUGUAUGCCAAGAUCUAUGCCGAAGAUCAUUCACUCUUUAUUAAUGUGAGCAGUCUGCUGCGAUGCGUUGUCGCCGCUGGCAAAGAGCCCAGUGGCGUUGGUAGCUUGGAUAAACCGAUGACCAAACUGGAGGAGGUGGCACUCACCUCCAACAUAGAUGCGGACUAUGAGUCAAGAGUUUCCUUUGAGCUAAAAACACUUUUAGUGCGUUGCACGGCCAAUUUACUAUAUGAGAAUGCGGCCAACAGAGGUUACGGCCUGGACACGGAACUGUUGCCAACGCUACUCGAAUGCACAGUGAUAGAUGCACGUAAUCCUUUAAUGCGUGAGUGGAGCAUUCUGGCCAUACGAAAUGCGUGCCUUAAUUGCCCGGAAGCACAACAGAUUAUUGCCGGAUUGACAAUGCAUGGCGCUGCUCCCAAUGAUAUACUAAGCGAAUUGAAUCUGGACAUGGGCGCGUUGCGCAUCACUGACAGACAGCAUUAAUUAGAGAGCCAGAUAACCAUUUGGUCGCUGUCCAUUUGCCAUUUUGAGCCAAAUGAGCACUAACAAGUGGUUUAGCUGUAUUCCCGCACGUGCCCCGUUUGCUUAAAUGAUGCCAAAAAAGAUCUAACAGCAUUCAUAAACUCGUUGUCAACGUUUUAAUAGCAUUUUGGCCCAAAAUGCCGGCGGGCUGAGACGAUAAACGCUGGCAUGUGGCGGUCUGGCUGGCUGUCUCACUGGCAUAGUAUGUACGAGUGCGAUUAAGAGUAUGCAUAUAAAUAGCUGCCCAUGGUUCUAUAUCAUUAAAAAAAACGCGAAAGAUGCCUAAAUUCAUCAAUUUCUAAAUUUAAGCAUACACACACACACACACAUUGCUACACUACAACUGGUCAGCGUUUUUAUGGCGCAAUUAAAAAACGAUGACGCAGAAAUUCACGACAAUGCAAA